AGGGUGGAGAAGAAGCCACAGGAAGCUGCUUACUACAAGAUAAAUAGUGACACUGCUACUGUUAUGUGCUAUAUACACUCACUUCUCAAUCAUGGAUAAAGUUAAAGACGAAUCUCCGCCAGUAGAGAGGAGGCAGAUCAGCUUCUUGACUGAGGACGGCGAGAAGAUCGACGCUGCCAAGAAGGAAGAAGAAUCUGUGGGCGACCUCAACACCAUCGACUGGGACAAGAACCCUCCCGUGGCCGAGAUAAAAGUUGGGAGCAAGUACUACAAAAAGGAAAGGAAAGUCUCCGAAAGGGUGCAGAAAUGUCAUCAGAUCCUCUCGCUUGUAAUAGUCUCGGCUAUUAUUAUCUUUUUCUGGGUAGCCAUGUUACUGCCUCAGCUCUGCUUCUUUCGAGUAGGGAUAUGCACUACCAGUAGCUCCACGAGUAGUGGAAGCACUAAUGAUCCAAUUGAUGGCAACUUGACAUGCACUAAUGCUACACGCUACACUGGUAUCUGUCAGGGUCUCUUCUCCACUUGCUCCAACUCUCCAUUAAUAAACUCAAACAAUUCUCUAGACUCAAAUCUUCUCCUGGUAUUCGCUCUUAUUUCUGAUCCUAAUUCAGUAGCUGACUCCUGCUAUGAAGCAAGAAGAGAUAUUGAAACGUUCCUCUGUCGUUUUUCUUACCAGCCGUGCUCUGAAGUAGAUAAUAAGGUAGUCCUUCCAAACAGAAGCUACUGUGAGUUGGUUAGGGACCAGCUAUGCAGAGAGGAAUGGGAUAUUCUUACACAGCUACCGUAUGGAGAAUUUCUACCGGACUGCUCUUUAUUGCCUAAUGCUACAGUAAAGCCAAACUGUGAUGGACUAACUGUAACAGCUACACCCACUUCUACAACGAGUCUGGUAAAUCCCACUCCGUCUUCUCCCCCUAUACCACCGUCCUGCAGCAUGGUGUACAAUGGCGCCAUAUGUUCAUCGUAUCUGAAUGUAUGCUCAAACAGAAUCAUUAACAAGUUUGACUCAAGCGCCGAGUCUUCACUAGUAACGCUUAACAAUACGUUUUCUACAGUUGUCGGUCCUGGUUGUCGUGCUGCUCAAGAUUCUGUUUUUCAGCUAUUGUGUCUUAAUUCUUUUCAACCUUGUGAUGACAGCGGGUCGGUAUUUUUACCUAAUCGCUCUCACUGCGAGAAUAUUCGCGACAAUGUAUGCAGCAGUGAAUGGACUUUCUUACAAGUUACAGGUCAAGGGAGUAUUCUACCAGACUGCUCUUCAUUGCCUGAAAAUAGCACUCAGCCAUCUUGUGGAGCAUCAAUGUCUUCUGUUUUUGGCUCAACUGCCAUGUUUUCUCUCGUCACUCCAACUUUGACGUCCUCAGCUUCCAUUUCACCAUCUCCUACAACAACUUCCUCUUUCUUUUUGUCUUUCUCUCCCUCUCCCUCCCCCUCCUCCUCUUCUUCUCUCCCUCCAAAUGAAUUCAUCUCGAACUUAUCUUUUGUUUGCAACGAGGCUGAAGGCUUCUAUCUCUACACGACCGAGAAUCCCGACCAGAUGAGUAUUAACAACACAUGUCAGGCAAGGUGCAGCGAGUGGAUCAUAUUUCCUAGUAGAUCUGCUACCGAAUUGAGAGACUUCUCACUCCUAUCUGUUUCAAUGCUUGGGCUACUGGCCAGUUUUGCUGUUAUAUUCUUUUCACUGAUACGCUACAAAAGAAUGUUUCUGUUCCCAAGCAUGUACAUAGUCUACCAGACAAUCAUACUGAUGGUUUUAGGUGUGACUGUGUUCAUCCUCUAUACUGACAGAUAUGGACUAAAUUGUGCAUCAGAUGAUCUUGUCAUUACUACUCUUAACAAUCCAACACCAUUCUGCUCAUUUACAGGCUUUGUAUUCGUUUAUUCUAUAUUGUCUCUCACUUUUUGGUGGUUUUGCCACGUCAGUAGCACAUUCUGGAAAGUCAUGUUUCCGUUCCACGCCCACAAACAUGAAAAGAACACAAAAUUCAUACACAUGAUCUCGCUAAUCGUGGGUAUUCUCCUACCAGCUGUUGUGCCACUGAUUGCACAGUUUGUUGAUGGCUUCAGAGUGUUACGGAUACCUCCAAUUCUAUGCUCACCAUUUAAUGCCAAUGUUCUUUAUUAUGGUGUUAUACUACCUGUGUCUAUAGCUGUCUGCCUUGGACUUACUUUCUUGGUCAUCAUACUGUAUGCUUUGCACCAGAAAAAGCGACUAUUCAAGCAUCGUGGGACUGUCUCGUAUUUCCUCGGACUUUCGACAGCAGAAAAGAAACUCCUUCUUAUAUUCUUUUAUUACCUAACCAUUGGUAUCUUUGAUGUAGCAGCCUACACAAUUUCUCAAGCUACAUUAACUUCCGUUCCUGAAGCAGUAGAAAUAAAUUUUUUAUGCGAGGCCAGACCGUACGACCCCACUUUUGAGUGCCCCAAAACACACACCGAAACCACCGCUUCAGAUACUUUAGUUGUUCUAAGUUACAUUUUUUUGGGUCUCUUUCCGUUCACUAAUUUGCUAUUUGCUGUUAAUGUUGCUGAAGUGAAGAGUUUCUUCAAUAGCUGCUUAGGUAGACAAAAUGGCAACAGGUUGAGGUCUCGUACAGCGUCUACAUCAGUUCUCAAUGCUCCGGAUACUCCUUUCACUUUGAGAAGGAAGAUCAGUUAUGCCAUUAGUGAGACUAGUGUGGGUAAAGGAGCUAAGAAUGGAACCAGUCUAGGUGACGUGGGAACUGUAGGGAGAAAGGGAAUUUAUACACAGCGUACAACUACAUUGUAAUGUUUUUUUAUGUUUAUUUUAAUGCUUUUUUUUUAUUUCACAGAGACUGCCUUUUAUCUAUUUUACAAUAACUAUUAUUUUAAAAUCAAUAAAAACUUUAUGAAAAAGCAACUUUGCUAGCUUA